UAUGAAAAUCAUCAAAAUCGGUGAGUUCGGGUUGGGUACCUUUCCUUGUGAGUUCAACUCGUGUCUGAGGUAGAAAUAUGACUAAGUCCAAAAACUUGGCGAACGCCCUGAGUCCGGUUACAGAAAAAUAGUUUAAGUCGCGAGACGGACAGAGCUUCCCCCUACCAGUAAAAGCUCCGGGUUACGAAAGGUACUCCUCCUUGCUCUCUAUUGGUAUUUAUAGGGAUGAGGGUAAUGCAUAAGCAUAGGGAAGGUUCUGGCCAAUCAGGAUUUAAGGAGGGUGUAUGUCUCAGCGGGGGUGGCUCCCCUUUUAUUACUCAUGUUCCUUAGUACGUGUCCCCUAGCCUGGCCGGCUGUAAUAGUUUUCUUUAUUGUAAUUUCCCUCAUUGUCGUAUCGAUUUCCGCUUAUUUGGGUCGUUCGGCUGAGAUUUAUAGUUUCCUUAUUGUUUGGUAGAUCUGGGGUGUCUCCUCCUGUUUGACCUGGUUUAUUCAGGAUCGACGCCCUUUCAUCUGCCGUCGCGCGUGUUAGUGGCUUGGCUGUUGUGUCGUGCUCUGCGUUGCCGACUGUUGCUGGUUUGUUGGUCUCCGUUAUGCCUGCCGUGGAACAGUUCCAUUUACCGUGGUGAGGUACUCCUUUGGUCGAGCGUGGUAUUCGCGUGAGUAUUGACCGGCCAGUCCAGAUCAUAGUAAGCUGACGUAACACUCCCCCUCCUGAUUGUUUUUCAGCGUAGGACGCUGAAUUUUAAAUCUUGCUAAAUCGGGAUAAGAAAGUUUUUUUGUUUAAGGAUAGAGAGCGGGAAGGCGGUAAGUUUAUAUAUUGUAAAAAUUGUCAUUCGCCGCGUUUUUGGGUUCUUUUUUGUUUAUAAUGAGUGAUUCUUGAGUCGCAGUAGCCUGGAUUUCGGAGUCCGAGGUCCGUUCGGCUUGUUGAUGGUAGUCCUACGUGGUUGGUCCCAUCGCCGCAGGGUCUCUCCCCUUCCGAUUUUUAGUCGUUGUGGUGGGCGUACCUCCUUGUUUUUCUUCUUGACCGUGGGGUUUUCCCCUAAUUGGUUCUUUUUUGCGGGGGUGAAUCCCUUCCUUUGGGUCUAUUCGGAAAAUUUGUCGCCCGAUUGGUUUCUCACUUUUCCUCGCCCCCUCGGUCCUUCUCGGGGUUCGCCUACCUGUGUCCCUUUAAAAAGGCCCCCGGACUGCUCAUUCCGCAUUCAGUUUCUCUCCUUCUGCUCCUCCGUGAUCUUCCUACCUGUUCGAGAUGUUCGCCUCAGUAGUGCUUUGUGCUGGUGUCCUGGUUCGGUUUGCGCGGGCCGUUAUCUCUACUCUGGCUCCGAUCUUUGAUCCAGUGGUUCGUGUCCUUAGUUGGCAUCGUCCUGCCUGGGUCCCCUCGAAGCCUGUAGGUUGGGCCGACCGUCAGGUCCCUGUUACACCACCGCCCUCUCCGGCUUCUGAUUUUGAGGACUUCCCGGAGGAAGAGUCCCCUUUGUUCACUCUACCUUGCCAUACCCAGACUCCCUGGUGGAUUGACAUCGGGUCUUUUUGCUUCUUAUGCCGUCAGCCGCGCCACACUCCUCCGACCAUCGAGCUGGAGUACUACCGUGAUUAUGACAGGUUCGUCUUUGAUUCCCGGUCCCCUGUUGUUCGGGACUCCUUCCCUGACUCCUGGAUUGACUGUCACCACGAGUCCUGGGAGGAUCAUGCGGCCUGGAGGAUCUGCUCGAUCUGCCGUUGCCGCCUUGAUCAUCCACCCGACAUGAUGCGUCUCCAGGGCAAGGGCAAUUGGAUCCGCAUUCCCGGUCACAAGUGCUGUCCAGCGAUGAGCGAUGCCGACUUGUUUUGAGAUUGUUGUAAUUGCGUUCUGCGUGUGAUAAUAAUGUAUUUUGUACUGCGUGCUUUUUUAUAUUUUCGUAAGGGUACUCCUGCCCGUUGAUGUAUAAAUAAAAUAAAUAAAUAUAUAUUUAUAGUAAAGGA